UUCUAUAUAAAGAUACUCUUUGUGACCUUCUCAAACACAUCAAACAAAGUAACAAACUCCACGAACACUAUUGGCUAACAAAAAGAAACAACAAUGAAGGCUACCGUAUCCAUCACUGUCAUCUUUCUCCUGGUCGCUUUGGCCGCACCCUCUCUAGCUCGUCCUGACAACCAUGUCGAGGAUUCUGUAGGUCGUCUACUUCGUCCUGGUCAAACCUACCACAUCGUACCUGCGACUCCCGAGACAGGGGGAGGUCUUUUCUCGAACAGUGAAGAGAUCUGUCCCCUCGACAUCCUCCAGUCAAAGAACCCGCUUGACCUGGGCGUACCCAUCAAAUUUAAGUCCGAGUUAUGGUUUGUUAAGGAAAUGAAUAAUGUCAACAUCGAGUUUGAGGCUCCCAACUGGUUUUUGUGUCCUGAAGAAUCCAAGGGGUGGAGAGUCGUGUACUCUGAAGAAUUCAAAACGAGUCUUGUAAUAAGCACUGGUGGUUCAUCAAACCCAAGUGGCUUCCAGAUUCAUUGAGUCGACGGAGGUGCUUACAAGAUUGUGUAUUGUACGACUAUCUCGCCUGCUGCGUGCAUGAACGUUGGCAUAUUCACCGACCUCUCUGGUGCAAGACGCUUAUCCUUGACCAACGGUGAGGCUCUCCUAGUUAAGUUCCAGAAGGCAGCAACUCCAAAAGCGGAUUUGAAGACUAAGCUGAGGAUGUUCCCUUUCUACUGAGUCACAACUUGUACCAAAACGUGUCAAAGAUAUAGCCUUUUGAAUAACGGUUGAGACAAUACCAACAACUUGUGAUCGGUUUGGGUA